UUUGGAGCUUUUUUGCUAUCUAGUGGAAACCCUGUCCCAUAGAAGUUAGUGGAGGGGGAGGAGUUUCAGUACUUCCUCAGUUGUCGGAGUUAUGCUGCCCCUGACAGACAUUAUCUUCUCACAAACGCACUCUCUUCUCACACACUGUCACACACUCUCACGGCUGUAUUCAUUACUGUCUGUUGCUCUUUCAAAACACAGGAACAGGGACAGGAGCAGAAUGACUGGGCUUUAGCCUGGUGGAGGGGAGUAACUGGGGGUAAACAGACUGAGGACACACUGGGACUACUGGACUGGACUACCGUACCACUUCCACCCUCAUGACGAAUGAAGUGACAGGAGAGAACAGACAGCAGGACAGAGGUUGGUUCCACUUCACCCUGCCGUCUGUACCCACAGCCUGGAGCUGAGGCUAGUAGGUCACUGACAUGAGAAGACAGAGAGCAGUAUCUCACUCGUUCAGACAGAUACUGCUGCUGUAGGUAUAUCUAUAAGUCAUGGGGAACAUGCUAUCCCAUGAAGACAUCUCCCCUGCUGAGCUGGAUGCACUAUGGAGAGAACCACCGUACACGCUAGCGGGAACCAAUGAGCACUUCCCAGGAAAUGAUGUUAUGAAUCCAGGGGUGGAGUCUGGGGGCGGGGAGGCGGAGCCGGACAGUUACUGGAAGAGGAAGGAGGAGUUCACCAGAGGAAGCACUGUGUCACUGGCCGUGGGAGAGCGGUUCUCCUCAGACGUGGUGCUGGUGUUCAGCGGUCGGCGGCGCUCGGGUGUAAUACCUGACACUGAACUACAGGAGGCGCUCCGUACCAGACUCAGGGUCGUCGAGAGCAACAGUCAGGAUGUCAUCCAGCUCUUCAAGGACCUGUCUGCCCGUCUGCUGUCUGUCCACGCUGAGAAGGACAGCUUUGUCAUCACCUUCAAGACUGUGGAGGAGAUGUGGAAGUUCUCUACCUACCUGGCUUUAGGCUAUGUGGCGCGGUGCCUGGAGAAUUUCCUGUGUGACCAGUCAUUCUGGCUGGACACUGAGCUGCUGAGGGACCUGGAGAUCACUGUGACUGUAGACGAGGAACACCUGGCAACACUCUACCUGGGACUGCUGCUGCAGGAGGGGUCGUUCUUUGCCAAGGCGCUGGUGAGCAGUGGCGAGCACAGUGAUGAGGAGGAGGAGCUGUGUUUCAGACGUAAUGACUUGCUGAUGGUUAGAGACACGGGGCAGGACAGUCACUGGGAGGGCACCCUUAUUUCCACCGGAAAACACGGACUAGUGCCUGUCAACAACAUGCAACCGCUGCCAUACCCCUUCUACCAGUGGUUCCUGAGGAAGUACCCUGGCUGUGCCGGAAGCUCCCCUUCAGAGAGAGGACAGUUUGACCACCCUAUAGUAACUGGUUCCUGUGAGGCUGUAGUGGACCAUAACCCAGUAGGAUGUGAUGAGCUCCAGCUGAGUCGAGGUGACCUGAUUGAGAUACAGGGGAUGCUACUCCGAGGUCUGGACCUGUUCAUAGGAACACACUGCUCUACAGGAAACACCGGCUUCGUACACAAGGCUCACGUGAAGCCACUCAACGCCAAACCACUAGAUGGACAACUUGUGUUUCUGAGUGAGGAGGAACGUGUGUCUCUGUCCCAGGUUAACCCCUGCAGUACUGAGCCCAGAGACAGUGACCUCCUAGAGAGACUCUUCUCCUCUGACAUCAGUACUGUCUACAGACUAGACAGACUGGAUCAGUCUGAUUUUACGUACAUCAGAAAUCAACCUGAACAAGAGCAUAAGCCCCCCACCAGUAGCCGGCAGUCCAUCAUCUCAGAGAAGAGUGACACUACACUACCAUACCACUUCUCCUACGCAUCCCAGAAUGCUUUAGGGCGUGGCGGUGACGGGGAGCUGCUGUCCUUCAGUCUGGACGACACCUUCAGAGAGAUGAACGAGUUCCAGGAUGACCCACCCCUUUUCCUGGAGGAGGGGGAGGAGUCGGAGGGUUGUGACCCCACCUUGACCCUGCUCAACAUGCAUCACUUUCAGGAGGACUUCCUGCCCCUGUAUGACCUCCACCACUCAUUCCUGUGGCUGACGUUCUCAGGGCAGAGUGAGGAGGAGUUACUGGGCCACCUGGAGAUUGUCAGGGAGGGGGCCAAGAGAACGGGCAUGGCCUGGGCACACCGACGGGCAUGCUUCCUACUGGGGAGGCUCUGCGCCAAGAAGCUCAAGUACUCCCAGGCCCGUGUGUAUUACGAGGAAGCCCUUGGAGUCUCCGUGGACGGUUUCUCUGACCUCCCUCUCCUCAUCGCCCUGUACACCAACCUCACAGCCAUCUACCUCAAACAGAAGAUGGCCGACAAGCUGCCCCCGACCCUGGAGAAGGCCAGUGCUCUUCUCCUCUGUCUCCCCAGACACACCUUCACCUCCCUGGAUGAGUUUGAGCUGCUGAAGCUGGUGCUGCGGAGGUCUGUGGUGGAAGGGGACAAACACCUGGAGGCACGGGCCUGCUAUCUCACCGCCUGCCUCUUCCUCCUCCUUAGAAAGAUAGAUGAUGCCCUGCCCUUCGCAGAGCGUCUCCAGUUCCUCACCGUUACCCUGUCCGCUGAGGAGGGGCGCCCCAUCUCCCCCCUGGACCUCAACUGGCUCCUGUCCCGGCUCUACCACCGUAAAUACAUGCCCUACCUGGCCCUGGCAUCCCUCAGCCUGGACACUGGACAGGAUCACUCACUACAGGACGCCUUCCACAGGAUAGAACUGUUCAGCAGGAACUCGGUGCGUCUGAACCCGCGAUGGAAAGAGGGGACGUCUCUUCUCCCAGCCCAGAUCGUGGUAUACCUGCAGCAGGCUCUGGCAAUUGCGGAGCGGGGUGGCGACCUUAAGACCCAGAGAGACCUAUGUCUGGGCCUGGCCAGUGUUUACCAGCAACACGGGGCCCUGGAGAAGGCCCUGCACUGUGCCCAGCAGGCUGUACAGACCGGGGGAGGUAUCAACGAGGAGGAGGGGUUUGAGGCAUCAGUACUGCUGGGAUGGCUGUUAGUCCUGACGGGACAGCCUGAGAGGGCACAGAACACCUUGCAGCCACUAUUACAGUCUCUACAGGGAACCGACAGCCCGACCCAGAGGGGAGUGAUCCACAACCUGCUGGCUCUGUGUCUGCGGCAGCAGGGUGGCAUCCCCGAAGCUGGCAGCCACCUCCACCAUGCCCUCACCAUCUCCAGGGAGAGUGGCAACCAAAGGAACCAGGCCCUGGCCCUCGCCAACCUGGGCUGCCUGGCACUGGGCGUGGGGGCACCCACACUGGCAGAACGAUUCCUAUUCAGGUCUCUGUGGUUGUUCCUGGAGAUCUGGGAGAGUCCCGUUGACGAGGAACACGUCCAGACCUACCUAUGGUUGGGGCGGAGCUACAAGGACAGGGGGAGGAGCCAGGACGCCAGGCUGUGUUAUGAGAUGGGCCUCCUCAUCUCCCUCCACAGCAGGAAUCUACCCAGUCAGAUGGUGGUGGCUAAAAUCCUGAGUCGUCACUAUGCUGACGUGCUGCUCUAUGGACAGAGUAUCCUCUACUAUGAGCACUGUGUGUCUGUGUCCAGGGACCUGAAGGACAAGAGACUAGAGGGAGAAUAUCUAGAGAUCCUCAGUAGCCUCUACCUGUCCCUCAAUACUGAGAAAUCAUCAAGGAAGUCUCUGGACUACAGUAAGCAGAGUCUGCGUAUCUCCAUCGACCUGGGGAAGAGAGAGGAAGAGUCAGAGACCUGGCUUCAGGUGGGACGCAUCUACUACCUCAUCCAUGAAGACGAACUGGCUGACAUGUACCUACAGGCGGCAGUGAAGACAGCCCUGAGGAUGAACGACCCACGCUUUGCCAUGAGUAUCUACGAGGAGGCAGGAGACGUCUUCUUCAAAGGCAACAGGAACAGACUGGCGUCACUGCCCUUCUACAGGGACGGCAGUCUCCCUUUUGCUCGGAGUAUCCGUGACGUCGACUCAGAGUUCAGACUGCUGAGUAAACUGAGUGAACUGCUGAUGACCCAGGAAGAACACGAAGAGGCUCUACAGUACGCCAUUCUGGCUGUACAGAUCAGCACCAAAACAGGUGUGUCUGUGAACGAGCGCGCAGCGUACCACCGUCUGGCUACAGUGUACUACAGUCUGGAGCAGUAUGAGAUGACAGAGAACUGCUACCUCAAGUCUCUGUCUCUCAGCCCUGCUGUACUGCAGCACCCCCUGGAGGCUAGAUACUACACCAAGCUCUACUGCAGGCUGGGGGACCUGACCCUGCACAAACUAAAGGAUGCCUAUGACUCGAUGGGCUACUUUCAGCUUGCUCAGGCUGCUGCCCUGGAGGACCGUGCCAACCCACAGGCACUGUAUGUGGUCUGCAUGAAGCUGGCAGAGAUCCAUGCCAACCACAUGCCAGACCCACUGCUCUGCCAGGCUUACAGGGACAGGGCACAGAGCCUGAGGAGGGAACUCUCUGGGCUGGGAGAGACGGAUGGGAGGGGAGGAAUGACAGAGGGGAGGGGACGAGAGAUGGAGGGGAGGGGAGGAGAGAUGGAGGGGAGGGGAGGAGAGACGGAGGGCAGGGGAGGAGAGACGGACGGGAGGGGAGGAGAGACGGACGGGAGGGGAGGAGAGACGGAGGAGAGGGGAGGAGAGAUGGAGGUUAGGAGAUACAGAAGGGAGGGGAGGAGAGACGGAGGGGAGGAGAGGAGAGACGGACGGGAGGGGAGGAGAGAUGGAGGAGAAGUGAUGAGAGAUGGAGGAGAGGGGAGAAGAGACAUGUGAUACAGACCCGGAGACGAGAAACACAGACAUGAACGAGAUCUAGCCAGAGACUAGGUAGUGAGUCUACAGAUACUAUCCACAAAGAGGCUAUUGACAUGGACAGUGCAUAGAGCCUGAGGUUGGAGCCUGCUGGGCUAUGGGAGACAUGGAGAGGGUAGAGACAGAGGGACAACACACAGGACUGGGAGACAUGGAGAGAGGAGAGACAGAGACAGGACAUCCCAACACUAUAGAGAGUAGAAACACAGAGAAACAGCAUAGAGUCACAGAAAAGAGAGAAACAGAGACCGAGACUGGAUGUGGUGACUAUCAAUAUAGAAGCUAACUCCCAAGAUGCUAACUGUAAGGAUAGCAGACAGAUCAAUGCAGAUAGCCAUGAAACAUAUUCUGAUGUAAUGGAGACCGAGACACCAGUCACUCAAACCCAGACAAGAACCUCACAGAGGCUACUCACACUGACCAAAACACUGACAGUACAGACACAAGCGCAUGUCAAGCAGACGUUGAACACACACAUAAUGACUAUACAACAACAAGCAGUGUAUUUGUAGACACUACAAUAACAGAGGAAACUGACAGUACAGACAGAAUACAUUAUGACGCUAACACCACAGAGACUAUGCCAACAGACACAUGCAUCAAACAUAGUGACUCAACAACCACAGACAGAGAUAAAGACACACCCUACAGACAGCAGUGCCACAGACACAGAUCCUCUCCGAGACAGACACAGAGGUAACCCAUGGAGACAGCCCUACAGACAGCAGUCCCACAGACACAGAUCCUCUCCAAGACAGACACAGAGGUAACCCAUGGAGACAGCCCUACAGACAGCAGUGCCACAGACACAGAGGUAACCCAUGGAAACAGCCCUACAGACAGCAGUCCCACAGACACAGAUCCUCUCCAAGACAGACACAGAGGUAACCCAUGGAAACAGCCCUACAGACAGCAGUGCCACAGACACAGAUCCUCUCCAAGACAGACACAGAGGUAACCCAUGGAGACAGCCCUACAGACAGCAGUCCCACAGACAGAGAUCCUCUCCAAGACAGGCACAGAGGUAACCCAUGGAGACAGCCCUACAGACAGCAGUGCCACAGACACAGAUCCUCUCCAAGACAGGCACAGAGGUAACCCAUGGAGACAGCCCUACAGACAGGAGUGCCACAGACACAGAGGUAACCCAUGGAGACAGCCCUACAGACAGCAGUCCCACAGACACAGAUCCUCUCCAAGACAGGCACAGAGGUAACCCAUGGAGACAGCCCUACAGACAGCAGUCCCACAGACACAAAUCCUCUCCAAGACAGGCACAGAGGUAACCCAUGGAGACAGCCCUACAGACAGCAGUCCCACAGACACAGAUCCUCUCCAAGACAGACACAGAGGUAACCCAUGGAGACAGCCCUACAGACAGCAGUCCCACAGACACAGAUCCUCUCCAAGACAGACACAGAGGUAACCCAUGGAGACAGCCCUACAGACAGCAGUCCCACAGACACAGAUCCUCUCCAAGACAGACACAGAGGUAACCCAUGGAGACAGCCCUACAGACAGCAGUGCCACAGACACAGAUCCUCUCCAAGACAGACACAGAGGUAACCCAUGGAGACAGCCCUACAGACAGCAGUGCCACAGACACAGUGGUAACCCAUGGAGACAGCCCUACAGACAGCAGUCCCACUGACACAGAUCCUCUCCAAGACAGGCACAGAGGUAACCCAUGGAGACAGCUCUACAGACAGCAGUCCCACAGACACAGAUCCUCUCCAAGACAGGCACAGAGGUAACCCAUGGAGACAGCCCUACAGACAGCAGUCCCACAGACACAGAUCCUCUCCAAGACAGGCACAGAGGUAACCCAUGGAGACAGCCCUACAGACAGCAGUCCCACAGACACAGAUCCUCUCCAAGACAGACACAGCGGUAACCCAUGGAGACAGCCCUACAGACAGCAGUCCCACUGACACAGAGGUAACCCAUGGAGACAGCCCUACAGACAGCAGUGCCACAGACACAGAUCCUCUCCAAGACAGACACAGCAGUAACCCAUGGAGACAGCUCUACAGACAGCAGUGCCACAGACACAGAGGUAACCCAUGGAGACAGCUCUACAGACAGCAGUGCCACAGACACAGAGGUAACCCAUGGAGACAGCCCUACAGACAGCAGUGCCACAGACACAUAUCCUCUCCAAGACAGACACAGAGGUAACCCAUGGAGACAGCCCUACAGACAGCAGUCCCACAGACACAGAUCCUCUCCAAGACAGACACAGAGGUAACCCAUGGAGACAGCCCUACAGACAGCCGUCCCACAGACACAGAUCCUCUCCAAGACAGGCACAGAGGUAACCCAUGGAGACAGCUCUACAGACAGCAGUGCCACAGACACAGAGGUAACCCAUGGAGACAGCUCUACAGACAGCAGUGCCACAGACACAGAGGUAACCCAUGGAGACAGCCCUACAGACAGCAGUCCCACAGACACAGAUCCUCUCCAAGACAGGCACAGAGGUAACCCAUGGAGACAGCUCUACAGACAGCAGUGCCACAGACACAGAGGUAACCCAUGGAGACAGCUCUACAGACAGCAGUGCCACAGACACAGAGGUAACCCAUGGAGACAGCCCUACAGACAGCAGUCCCACAGACACAGAUCCUCUCCAAGACAGGCACAGAGGUAACCCAUGGAGACAGCUCUACAGACAGCAGUGCCACAGACACAG